CUCUGAAGGAGUGGUGCCAAGAGUUGGUAAGAAGCUUGAAAGAAGGGUAGAACUGUAGUACUGAGUUCAGAGGCCUGAGGAAAGGGCACGAAGAGAUGGUCAGUGCUGACCAGAGCCUAGGAGCAGAGCUCCAAUAGAAAGUAGCCUUAGAGCAGAGGCACCCAGGUAGUGUCCCUGAGGGAGCAGCACCAACAGAGGACAGGGCUUGAGGGGUGACCACAAUCAGAGUCAGAGCCCUGCAGGAAGAAUGCCUGGUGAGAAGUUUCAGUCUUGGGUGAAUCACUCAGAUUGGUGGUCAGAGUUGUGAGUGAGGGGGAAUGGUGGUCCAGCGCUUGAAGCCUGAAAGAAGGAGAAUAGGCACAAAGAGAGACUUUUUAGGGGGGACAGUCUUCAGGAUGGUCUCCAGAAGGAGGACGUUGGCCCUCUUCCUCAGAAAGAGCCUUCUAGAACAUUCUCGUGAGUACAAACAAGCCCAGUGGGGCCAGCGACUGAGAGGGGCUGUCAGAGUUUGAGUAACUAGCCUGGAAGAUUCCAGAAGAGUACAUUAGAUUCCAAUUAAGCAGCCAAGUACCAGCUAUGAGAGAAUAAGCUCCAGCCCAGUGGGGCAGCUCCAUGAAGAAACCUCAGGGGAGACAGCAGGAUGAAUCUAGAUCGGGGAAGUGGGAAGAUGAGGAAAGGUUUCUAACAUGGGGAGGAUGUGGACUACGUCCAUGGGAGCAAGAAGAUCUAGAAGGGGGAAGCUGUCAGAGCCACCAGGACAGAGCAGGAUGGAAUAGGCAAGGACCUGAAGCUCCUGUGGUAGAAGCAUGAGGGCAGGCUGUCGAGGUGGAGGCCAUGGGCACUCCUCAGUUCAUUGAUGCUGGGGAUGUGGACCUGGAGCAAGGAGCCUGGCCCUCACUGAUGGGGACAUAGUUCUCUUCACUUUCAGGUUCACCUGCCUGUUGGAAAUGAUGCUCCCCUUCUUCUUGCUAAUUCUCCUGAGUCUCCCAUGGGUGGAUACUACUGUCAACAAUACCAGUGGGUUCGGCAACAGUACUAGUGGUUUGGAAGAUCCAAACAAACCUAGAUGGGUUGCUCAUUUGACGUGCAAACGGUGCACAGCCACUAACAGCUUCUCAUGUUCACCUACUCGUGAAUGUCCGGUAUAUAUCAGACGCUGCCUAACAAUCGCUAUACGUGUGACCACUCGGGAGCUCCUUGUCUACAAGGAGUGCACAAGUGAUUGCUCCUUUGUGUACAGACAGCAAGUGCCUCCAGAAAUGCCUAGAAUGCUUAAAGCCACCAAUAGGUUUUACUUUGCCCUGUGCUGUGCGAGCGUACUUUGCAAUGAUGGAGGACCCAGUAAUGUAGAGAGGGACUUGUUAACUGACACGGCGAUCGAGGAAGAGAACAUUUCGAGAGCUGCGCGUCUGGGGCAGUUCAGCCUUCUCCUGUGCCUUGCCUCAAUUCUCUCCAGCAGCAAGCUGACCUGAGAGCCGCUCUUUGGGGUAUACUCAUCUUUCCACAGUUGAAAGCAACUUUGUACUUGCUGCUUC